CUUCACCUCGUGACCUCAAGAAGAACCGCCAAUCCCAAUAACCAACAUCCAACACUCCUUAAACUGUCCCCCGCCUCCUCAAACCCACCUACCUCCUACAUUCACGUGACAACCCUCCAAAAACCCCCGCCGCCAUAACAUCUCAAACACUAACUCCCUUCCUCCUCCCCACAUCACCCCCCUGUAACAACACCCAAAAAAUAUGAAUAUGUCUGCAACAAACCCCUACCCCCAAUUUCUCCUCCUGGGCGACUCCCUAAUCCAAUACUCCUCCCGUCUGCACCCACAAAACGACGCCGAGGGAAAACCAGUGUCACUUACAAAUACAAACGCGCGAACCUUUUCCUUUGGCGCGGCACUGGCUGAGAAGACGGAAAGAUGUUUUGAUGUUGUGAAUCGGUUUGUUACCUCCUUAGUUUGUUAGUGUGAGAGUGGGCUGGUGGGGUGGGUUGGUGGGUAGGUGUAUGGUAGGUGAAAAUGGCUAAGAUGUGAAUAGUGGUUUUAGUGGGUAUAAUACUAGUAAUAUCCUGCGUAUAUUGGAUCGUCUUGUUCCUGUGCCUGAGGUGGCGAGGGUUGAGGUUUUGGUAGGUUCAUGUUCUUGGUGUUGUUUUUUUCGGGAUAAGAUUGGAUUGAAUAUCUCGUUUUUUUUUAAUUCAUGAAGAGGGAAGGGGGAAGAGGCGAGGAUGCUGAUGUGAUGAUAUAGCUCCUCCUCCUAGGCGCAAACGACGCAUGUCUCCCAACGAGUUCUACAAACCAACACAUCCCUCUCGCAGAGUACCGCCAGAAUCUCAAAAGAAUUAUUAUACACCCCGCUGUACAGAAACAGAAUCCAAGGAUCUUACUCGUCACCCCGCCACCUAUCCAUGAACCGCAUCUAGAAGCCGAGGAUUUGAAAAAGGGUAAUGGGGCACUGACGAGAUAUCAGAAAGUUACUAAGCAGUAUGCUCAAGCUGUCAGAGAUGUAGCGUCAGAACUCCAUGAUAAGAAGGUUAUCUUAGUUGAUCUUUGGACGGCUAUGAUGGAUGAUGUGAAAGCUAAGAGUGAGAGUGAGAUUGAGGGGGAUGGAGAGAGCUUGUUGGGUGAGUUAAGGCAGGGUCUGAAUAAGAGGUUGCAUGAGUUGCUGGUUGAUGGGUUGCAUAUGUCUGGUGAGGGAUAUCGGAUCUUUUUUGAUGCUGUUAUUCGGGCUUUGGGAGGGAAGUGGGGGGAGGAGGGGGUUGAUGGAGAGACUUGGAUUUUUCCGUGAGUUGUGAGUUGGAAGGUUGGAGGAUAUGGUGCUAAUUGAUUGUAGGAAAUGGGAUGAUGCUCCGAGGAUGGAGGAGGGGAGUUGAGUUUAGGGAGAGGGUGAGGUUGAUAAGUACUUGGUGUUUAUGUAAGUUGCAAGUCUAAGAGUUGGAUGGGAACGAUGCUAAUUGUUUGCAGGAAAUAGAAUGAUGUUACGAUAGUUGAGUAGAGGAGUUGAAUUAGAGAGAGGAUGAUAGAGUGUAAUAGACUGUAGACUUCCUGCUUUGGAAUUUUGCAUUGCGGGAAUGGGGCAGCUGUUUGUUCUCCACGCUCUGUACUAAAUCCAAGGGAAAACUCAGAUUUUACAAGCUAUAGAAAAUAUAGAAUUGUAGAUGAUAGAGGUGUAUGAUAGACG